GGUUGUUGUUCAAAAAAGUUCCAGAGAGGAACAGUCCCAGCAGCGCUGCCUUCUACUACGCCUCUUCUCCAAGAAACAGAGGAGAGGAGAGGGGCGAAAGGCUUGAUCUUGACCGGCCGGCGUCCAUGGCGGCGGGGCGGCAGCAGCGGGUGGUGGUGAUGCGGCACGGGGACCGGCUGGACCACGCGGAGCCCAUGUGGCCGGCCAACAAGCCGCGGCCGUGGGACCCGCCGCUGACCGACGCCGGCGUCCUCCGGGCCUGGACCGUCGGCAAGCGCAUCCGGGCGCAGGCCGCCGCCGACGGCUACGCGCUCCACCGCGUCCUCGUCUCCCCCUUCCACCGCUGCCUCCAGACCGCCGCCCAGGCCGUCGCCGCGCUCUGCGCCGUCCCCGACGACGCCGCGCUCGCCGCCGUCCUCGACUCCAGCGCCAAUGUGCCCCUCGACACCUCCCGCGUCAAGGUGUCGAUCGAGUAUGGACUGUCUGAGAUGAUGAAUGUUGAAGCGAUGGGCGCUCUUGUCAGCCAGGUCGCGCCCAGUGUCGAGAAGUGGUUCCCUGACCAGGCAGAACUCGAAGCCAUCUUACCACCUGGAACCAUCGACCAUUCUACACAACCGCUCUUCCCAGAGGUACCCAAGUGGGGAGAAUCUGUGAGGGGGGCAAGGAUCAGAUACGCUAGUGUUAUCAAGGCUCUGGCCGACAAAUACCCCAACGAGAACCUACUCUUGGUAACACACGGGGAGGGCGUCGGUUCGUCGGUGGCGUGCUUCGGGGCGACGGGCAUGGAGGUCUACGAGGUGGAGUACUGCGCAUACGCCGUGCUUGAGAAGCAGCCUGGCGGUGUGGGUGGCGGUGAUGAGAGCGUGCUCAAGGUGGUGGCGGAUCGAAGCGGCCCGACCACGGGCAUACACUACCUGGUCACCUGAUGAACACAAUCAAGCAGCAUGAUGCCAUUGCUAUCGCCAUCAUCAUACCACUCCUCGAGCACUGCACGGUCACGGGGAGCUUUGAUUAGUUUAGUUUUGCAAUCUGUAUUUGUUUCCACAAGAUUUUAUGCUUGCUGUGUCAUCUUUAGAAAACUGUGGUCGGUUCGUCACGGAUAUUUUUUGUACUACCAAUCGGGGUAAUAAUUUGCUAAACUGCUUUUCUAA